AUGUUUACAUGUGAUGCCUGUUUGCUUAGAGCAUUCCGCUCCUUGGCCAUAGAUGCACGACGUUCUCAUUCGACCGCAGUCGCUCUCAAACCUGCCGCCGUUUUCCGUCGCAACCAUGCCACCCUCCACGGCAUUGCCAAAGGCCAUCACCGGCGUCUUCUGUGGAAAGCGCUUGCAAAGAAGAAGCAAAUCAGACCACCUACGAUGAAGUACUCGGAGGCAAUGACAAAAGCGGAUCAGAAAGACGUCGAGGCACGAGAAAACAACCGCCUGAUUCUCAUGAACGAUGCAGGCAAGAAGGCAUGGGACAAAGCCUCAAAGCUGGAGAUGCAGUUCUUGACAGAUCCGCUCAAAUUGGCACAGUCGGUAGCCGACAAACUGCGGGCUUCCCAAUUCGACGCCGCUUACGCUCUGGUCCUCACCAGUGAAAAGGGUGUCAACGGGGCUCAAAUCGAUAAUACCGUCAGUUGGAAUCAUCUUAUAGACUGGCUGAUGAGCCAAGGAUUCCCAACGAGGGCUUGGAAAAUCUUCAAUGAGAUGAAGAAACGAGGUCACAAGCCUGACGCCCAUACUUACACUAUCAUGUUGCGUGGCUAUCGAGACAACGUGAAGAAACCAGAAUCGGUACAGCAAGCUGUCGCUGUGUACAACUCGAUCAAAGCUGCGAAUUCGGCUGUCACUCCAACAAUAAUACACACAAACGCUGUGCUAAGUGUUUGCGCAAGAGCCCAUGAUCUCGAGACUAUGUGGUCGAUUGCUGGAAACUUGCCAGAACGUGGAGCUGGUGCACCCGAUCACAAAACUUUCACAACCAUAUUACAGGCGAUCAAUGUCGAGGCUCGAUCUCGAGCAGUGGAUCUGGCGUCCCUAGACCCAAACUAUGAUCCUCAGCCAAUCUUUGAAGGAGCCGUGCGGGAUGGCCGGAGGUUGUGGGCCGACAUCCAUCACCGGUGGAAGAGAGGCCUACUUCAAAUGGACGAAGCACUAGUUUGUGCCAUGGGCAGGCUGCUACUGCUGUCCGCGGAACCGAGGUCGCAUGAGGAUGUUCUAAACCUGGCUCAGCAAUAUAUGAACAUACCAAGGUUGACCAAAGCGGGCAAAGAGGGGCACUCAGACACGGAAGAGCUAUGGAGCAGCCCCGAAAACACCUCUGAAGAGUCGGCGGAAGACUAUGUUUCUUCGCAAAUGUAUGUCCCUGCCCAGCUGGGACUUUCAACCAAAGUCACUACUACGGACGGCUCCGUCUACGCUAGGCCAGGACAGAAUACUGUCUCGAUGCUCCUCGAGGUUACCAAGUCUUCGCGACUGCUCGCCGCUGGAAAACAUUAUUGGCAGCUGUUAACUUCUCCCGAAGGCCCCUUUCAAGUUGUUCCAGACUCGGAGAACAUCACCAACUAUCUGCGCCUCUUGCGUGCCUCGCGGGCAAGCCAGGCGGUUUUGGACGUUCUGCUGCAGCCUCGACCUGAUCAUAUUCAGAGGAGAUUGAUGACGCGCGGCACUUUCAUCAUAGCUAUGAGUACUUGCGUUCGCGACAAGAAGAAUCGAAAUGUCUUUGAUAUCGCCAAUCGGAUAUUCAACCUGAUGCAGGAAAACGUGGGCAGCAUGAGCAGUACGACUGGACGACAGCUCAAAUUUUCACCAAAGGUUCUCGUCAAGUAUCUGGAGCUGGCCUUAGAUACGACCAAAGGUUUCGGUGGGGAGGCCUUGAAAAAGACCAGGGAUGGAGACCUUGAUUUUGAGCGUGACAUGGAGAAAAACAACACUUUCCGAGCAUUGGAAAAGCUGCGCCCUGAAGUGGGCAACGCUAAACAGCUACUGAAGCUCCAUGUGACCGAACUUGACCACCAAGCUGAGGUGAAGGCUCGCACACGCACGGUCCAGAAGCUGCUGGAUAAGAGGAAGAUCACGCCCUAUGUUGUUGAUGAGAGCAUGGAAGAUUUGGUGGGAUUCUUACGAGCGAUGAUCGGUGCAUAUGACAAGAUCGUGCGAGUCAAUGAAGUAUUAGAGGACGACGGCAUGGGCCCGCUGGAUAAAGAGAUUCUGACUGAGUGCUGGACACAAAAGCGCAACCUGACGACCUUUUUGAGCAAAGUUGAGAAUGUUGUGAAAUCACCACAGUCUCGGCAACUACCAAAGGAGGAGGAAGACGAACAAUCAGACAGGCAGUCUGAAGAUCAGCCUGCCGAUAGUCUCGACCUCACGACACUGGGCCAGAGAUCCAAGAUCUUGAGCGAGAUCGACCGAGUUCGUGAGGAGAAAGGCAAGGCUGUGGAAGAGCGUGGCCUGUCAAGGAUCCAAAAGCGUGAGCUUGCAAAGGAGGAGCGCAUCAGAGCACAAUUCCCAGUCAGUGUUCUUAGGACGAAGAGGGUGGCAGGCCACGGAGACCAGAAGAGGCUUCGAUUUGCGCCUGUCGAGGAAAUUACCAAGGAUGCGUUUCCUGCUACUCGCACCCAAUCUAGGAAGCCGUUGGGGAAGCCGAGUCGAAAGACAUCCCACUUCGAACCGAGGUCCAAGCAGUCUAGGAGCGACCGCGCAUACGAUGGAUGGGGCGGAGAAUUCGAGGCGUUGGCACGUGAACAAGGUCGAAGUCCUCAAGCGGGCUUUGUCGAACUCGGUCGUUGA